AUGUGCUAUUGUCGAUUGUAUUUUUUCAUACAUAUUGUACAAUUAGUAUCAUCAUACACUUUCACCAAUGACAAUUGGAAUAGUUUUGAUGCAUAUGGUGUAAAACUGGCAAUUAAUGACGAUGUAGUUGUACAAGCGCGUAACAAAGAUGCUCGAUUUGUUUUGCAAUUCGGUCCAUUUAUCACGUCUAAUUUAUCAUCACCAUGCUAUGUUGAUUAUGUAGGAAUCGUUUCGAGUGAUAACAAUUUUAUCUACAGUUUAGUGAUACCUAAACAAGCCUCCCAAGAUGCAUCGGUGAUUUUUAUUGGUGAGAACGAUGAUUAUUCAACAUCACCAUACCCAUUCAUUGGACAUUUACGUGUAAACUCAUCGUGUACGGCUACAUAUGAUAUUCAAUACUUUAAUUCAUCAGGACAUGAUGAAUUUUUUGUGGUUGGUAUUGAUCCAACAGGUCAACGAGCGUAUGGAUUCUCGAGUCGAUUUGCCUUCAGUUACGAUUUGCAAACGCACACUAUUACUUAUUUACAACAAUGGCCCAUUUCUAAUUUUAUGCCUCAUGCUAUCGAUGUUAACAAUGAUUAUGUAGCUGUUAUAGCUGGUUUUUUUACUCAAGGACAAAAUAUCUACAAGCCUUUGGUCUAUAUCUUAAUGUUGAAUAUUAGUUCGUUGAGUGUUCUUGAUACAUGGGAAUAUACACCAUCGAACAGCUCGUGGCAAGCGACAACACCGAAUACCGACGCAGGCUACUAUACUGAAAAACAUAUUAUGAGUGUGUCUAUCGAGUCUAAUACAUCACAAGUACUGGUUGGCAUGGCAUCUAUGAGCAUCGUCUUUUGGUUUUCUAUGAUGACAAAUUUGACUUUGUUAGCAUAUCGCGAAAAUGGAAAUCAACGUGGAUACGGACAAAGUUUAGGAUGGAGUAAUGAAGUUGACGGUCCAUAUCCUAUUUUAUUAGGAAAUACAUAUUCCUUUCCUUAUACAUGGUCAACUUCAAUUAUUUACUGGUUCACUCCAGAACAAUUUCGUUCAUCCAAUCCGAUCAUGCCACUAUUUCCUACAAUUCAAUGUCCUCAAUGGAUUGAACUCAAACCAAAAUUACUUACUAUUGCUGUUGCAACACUUAGCGUUGCAUUUCUUGAUUCAUCCGGACAAAUAUAUGUGAUUGUAGGAGCUCCAAUGGGAACUUAUCCAGACACAAGCGUUACUAUCGGUUUUAAUCCUGCAUUCUCCAUUCCAAAGUCCUGCCCUGCAGGUACCUAUAAAGAUUGGAUUGGUAUUUACAUUUGUUAUUUAUGUCCAUUUGGAACAAUGAGUGUAUCUGAAGGAAGUAUCGAAUGUUCACCGUAUAAUUGCACUGAACAUAAUUCAUUUUGUCCACUUGGUUCGACUACCAAUGAUACUUAUUCAGAUCUAAAUAUAUUUGUUUUUGAUCAACUAGCUUAUCCUGAAUCUCCAGAUACAACAAAUAUUGAUGAUAUUCUUAUUAAUAAUAUGUUUACUUUUGGUAAUUCAUCUAGUUGUUUAAUUAUUUCACCACUUUUCUGGUCAAUGAUUAUGACUGGUAUUGCUAUGAUGAUUAUUAUUUUUAUGGGUUUUCUCAAAUUCUGCAAACAAUAUACAAAAGUUCGUCAUACACUUAAGCGUAUUUUUCGUCAAGCUGAUCUUAUAAGAGAAGGAGAGGUAUGGGUCGGUGGACUUGCUUCUCUUGCUCUCAUUGUUUUACUUAUAUUCGCUUACACAUUCAGUAGUGCUUUUCUAAAACAAUAUCCAAUUGAAACUGUAUCACCAUCAGCAUUUAUAUGUGAUACAACAAUUCGAAAUGCUCAGUUUGAAACACAACUCAAAUCUCUUACGACACCAGUUCCUGAAGAUGAUGAACCAAUAUUUAAAUUGCUCGAUGAACAACAAUUUAUCCUUACUAUUGAUUUUAUCAAUACACAACAAAAAUGUAAUCAACUACAGGUUAUACAAACUAUUCAUGGCAAUCCGAAAACAAUAGCAUUUAAUUGCACUUAUUAUCGAUCCAUGCUUUCUGUUUCAAUUGUUCUUCAAUCGCACACUUUUUUUAUGAACUAUAAUUUUCAGAAUGCUCAAACAAUUGGUGGCUUUCGCAUUAGUUUAUAUGGUAAACAGCAUGAGACAAGCAAUACAGAUGGCAAAUAUAAUUAUAUGAUUCGUGAGCUCAAUUAUAGUCAACCAUUUUUUGUUAAUAAUCAAACAUUAUCUUAUGAUCCAAAUGUUGAAAUUCGUUUAACUCGUGUCAUCAACAAAACUGAACCGCUUGAUGACGCCAGUUCAAAAUAUUACACGGCUCUAUGGGCUCCAACAAGUCCCACUAGUAAAUCAGAUCUCUUUCUAACAUUCGACGAAUAUCUAUACUAUGGUCUAUUAAAAACAUCUCUCACAAUUUCAACAACAGAAAUGUCCUAUUACAUUAUGAAUAAUCAAAAACCUAUUGUAAAACAAGCAGAAAUCAUUUUUCAUGCCCUUCUUUUUACCGUGGUGUGUAUAGAAUUGUUUGGUCUUGUAUAUCUUGCCAUCAAAUUGAUUUUUUUGCCUAUGUUUCAUCAUAUCCGAACCUUCGUUGAGAAACAUUCCAACGUCGUUCAUCCAGACCAUUCAUCAAAAUCAUCAGAAACUUUCGUUAGUACUAUUCAAGAACUAGUACCACCGCCGCCGCCAUCGACACGAUCACCACCAUACGUAUUGUUAAAUAAGCAGCAUGCAAAACCUAUCCAUCGUUCGACAAAUACGAAGAAAUUACCUACAGUUAAAAGUCGAUCAAAGAAAUAA